AUGACCCGAGGGAGGGGUCGUAGCAUAUCCCAAUUAGCUCCUCCAACAGACGACGUGCUCUUGUCGAUAGAGAAGCACUUUGAUUUUGUCAACACAACGUUCAAAUACAGCAUCAGUGAUUUAGAUUAUAUCAUCCAAAUGUUAAAAGCUCGUCUCGUUGCAGAGGAAAGUUACUUGAAUUCACUGUACAAAGUCAAGAGACUGGCUUCCUCCAAUGAUGGCAUUCGACCUUCACUACAUCAUGAGUCCCAGCUAACGUUUCAAAAUGCAGUAAAGUUGUACGAAGGUUCAAUCAACGAUAUCAUUGAAAGUCGACAACGAUUCAAAGACACCAUCAAGCUUGAAAUUGAUGUUUUAAUUAAGCAAAAGGAAAUUGAAGAGCAAAACCGGAAAACGUACAAGGCCAAAUUAUACGAUGCCAACAACAAUUAUACUGUGUUUCGUAAUCGGGAUAUUGUCAAGCUUCAGAGAACUUAUACGCAUAAAUGCGACGAUUUGAAGAGUGCGCAACAUACAUGGCAGCAACAACUGCAGCAGCAGCAACAACAGCAACAGCAACAACAACUAGCUCAGCAACAGCAACAACAACAGCAGCAACAGCAACAGCAACAGCAACAGCAACAGCAACAACAACAACACAUGGAGGGUAACGAGUUUUAUGUGCCCAGCAGAAAUUCAAUGGACUCACCCAACCCUUCAAGGUUGUCUGGAGAUUACGGUAGCCGAGACAUUGACGGUGCGUCCAUCGCAUCUUACAAUAAUGCAGAUCAACACAACAAAAAGGGAAUGGCAGGACUGAUAUCGCAAAUGCGCACCAGAGCAGCAGGAAACGCUUAUUUGACUCCUCUGGAUCAAAAUAAACAAAUCACCAAGUUUGCCAAAAUGAAGAAGGACAUUACAGAUGCAGACAACGAGUACAGAGAAGGCAUUUUAGUGCUGGAAACGUUGAGAAAGAAGCAAACAAAGGCCACGGAAGAAGUGAAUAGACAACUCAAAAGUACCAUCAAGAGAAAGACGGACACAGUCAAAACAUCGCUUGUGAACAUCUUGCACUCUGAGCUGGAUUCAUUGCAAAUUGAAAUGAAUAUUUCUCGCGCCUCAUUUGAUGCAGCAGCUUGUAUCGACAGUUUCAAGGACAUUCAACUAUUCAACGCCCACUACCAAUCUCAAGGAUAUUGCCACCCAGCACCAGUGAGAUACGAAAACUAUUACCUAGAAGGAAAAUGCAAAGAGGUGCUCUUUGGAGGUUCGUUGGAGGGAUAUGCCAUUGAGCAUAACAGAACUGUGCCCCUGCUUGUAGUCAAAUGCAUUGAUUCCAUCGAGAAAUUGGGAGGUUUGCAAAAGGAAGGCAUUUACCGAGUUUCUGGUAGACAAACCAACAUAGAACAAUUGAAGCAUCAGUUUGAAUUGGAUGAAGACAAAGUGGUGCUUGAUGAAUACGAUGUCUUUACUAUUGCGACGGUGCUCAAGAUGUACAUUCGUGAAUUGAAGAGGCCCUUGUUUGAUUUCAAUGUGCAAACAAGAUCAUCGUAUAGUAAAAAUAUACCUCAAAUACAACGGUUCCAAUUGAUGGAAACAAAGCUAUCCAACUUGUCGCUCGCUCAUAGAAGUACAUUGCUAUACAUUGUGCGCCAUCUAGCAAAGGUUAAUGCUAGCUGCCAAAUCAACAAGAUGAAUAUUCCCAACUUGGCAUUGAUCUUUACUCCUGUCAUUUUCCACGAUUUCAAUCAAACAGAAGAAGGAUUGGGAGACUGGUCACCCGAUGAUCUCUUUGAGGACUUGAUCCUGCAUUACGAAAUGCUGUUCCCAAAGGCAGAGGAAGUCGCUCGCAGAAAUAACGAGCCCAAAUUACAGCAAGCCCUGAAUGGAAAGAGUCCGUACAGCCAAUUCUCUCAAAGCAAUCUGUUGUAUCUGAGUAACACAGUACUGAACAACACACCAACCACUAGCAACAACAAUAUGCUGCUAACACAACCAAUGGCUCCUCCCCCCAUCAUCACUAGCAACAGUGGAUCCAAUUCACCUGGCGGACCAUUAGUGGCAGCAGAUCAGCAGUUCAAUAGUCCAUAUCCUCCUAAAUUAACCACCAUUAUAGGAACAGCACCUCCUGGUAACAGCAGUAGCCAUCAACGUAUGGCAUCACUUCCUCAGCAACAGCAAGUGCCACAGCAAUCAGCCCCUCCAUUUUCUGCACGACCAGUGAUGACACCAGACCAAAGCCGUAUUGUGCCACCAAGGUAUCAAUCUGAAGGAGCAAGCUACCAGCAGCAGCAGCAGCAGCAGCCAUCUCAACAGCAGCCACCUCAACAGCAGCCAUCUCAACAGCAGCCAGAUACUUACAUGAGUCGAUCCAUUUCUGAUAAUACCGUCAUGCAACGAGGCUCAUCCAUGGCGAAUGCAGAGGAGCACAACACCCAAUCACCUUUACCUGAUCUGAAGCGCAGCAGCCAUCAUUUUGGAAAAGGAGCAUCCUCCACAGUGCCACCCAGACAUGACUCACUUCGAAAGAUCAAUGCACGAUAUCAAAGUGAUGGCGAAAAGAUUUUGGAGGAGCCAUCUACAAAGCCGGCUUCAUUUACACCCACGCAGCAACAGCAGCAACCUGAACAGCAGCAGACGAGACCUCCUGUCGCAAAUCAAUACCAAGCCAAUUUAAACCAAGACUAUAUGUUGCAAAGAGAAGGGCAGAAUCUCGAUUCAUUUGUUGAUUAUUAUUCACCUAUUUCUGGAGCGUCAGAAGCUGUAAACAAACAGCAAUAA